AGCUUUGCACCAAAACGUCAUCGGUUUGCAUUGAUCCCGUCCCUCCGGGAUCGUUAUUGCGUCACCUUGUGCAUCUCUAGUGUUACAGUUGCUGGCAGGGACUGUGAAAUCAAUUACCAAAAUAAUUGAAACAGGCGUCAUUCUGUAGCAUUAUGGUGACAAAGAAACAUACAGAAUUUUAACUUUUUUGACAUAGAAUUCCUCCAGGAGUUAGAAUCUCAUCAAAGGUGACAGCGCACUGGAAGGAAAGUGGCCAGGUGUGGGCAGGAGUCUGGAUGCACCAGUGGGCUUAGGUCAGCAGCCAUAGUCCCUGGGGAGUGAGGCCAUAGUGCACCGGGGCUCCAACCCCAAGGAUCCAGUGGCCAGACAGCACACUCCUCGCUGCCCCAGCCAGCCCAGAGUUCUCCCCACACUUUCUGCCCUGAGUAGACUAAAGAAGAACUCCAUUUCCCAGCAUCCUUUCAGAGAAAGUGGAGUCACAGGCUGUCAUCGGCUGAAGACUUCCUUCUGUGAUUGGUACUGCACAAUCAGUAGUGAAAGUGAAGAGACAUUUACGGACAGACACAGAUCAGGUCAGAGAACUGUACUUCAAAAAACUCUUUUGAGUUUAAUGGAACCAGCUAAGGAAGAAGGAAUCAGUGUCCAAGAUGAGGCUGUGGACAAAAGCAACUUUAAGAACUGCAACCACAUUGCUUUCUACAGACGUCAGAAACUUCUGCAUCCUGGGAAGUCCUUGUAUAAAGCAUUGUUGGAUUCAGUUACAUUAUGCAACGACAGUGUCACACUCCAAAUAAUUAAUGAGAAGGUUUCUCUCCUAGUGGAAAUUUAUGCAAUAGAAGGCAACGUUUUCAGGCUUAAAAUUAAUGAGGUAUCGCCUCUCAAAUCAAGAUAUGAAGUCCAUGAUGUUCUCAUAAAAGAACCUACCACUCAGAGGCUCUCUAUAGCCCAGAAGGAGGCAGGCAUUCUGGUACUGACAUGUGAUCAUGAGGACCACAAGCUUCACAUCACAGCAAAUCCAUUCCAGAUAGUAUUAGAGUCCAAGGGUGAGACUGUACUGAGUGUGAACGGCAAUGGCCUGUUGUACUUUGAGCAUCUACAACCACCACCCCAAAACAGCAAAAGCACAGCACAGAACAAAGAGGACACACCAACUGACUCCUCUCAGGAAAAUCAAGAGGAUCUGAGUCUCUGGGAAGAGAAAUUUGGCAGCUUUUUAGACAUCAAAGCUAAUGGUCCCAGUUCCAUAGGCUUGGAUUUUUCUUUGCAUGGAUUUGAACAUGUCUAUGGAAUACCAGAGCAUGCAGAGACACUUCUCCUCAAAAACACCAGUGACAAUGAUGCCUACCGACUUUUUAACUUGGAUGUCUACGGGCACAAGAUCCAUGACAAAAUGGGCAUUUAUGGUUCAGUACCUUUUCUGUUAGCACAUAAACUUAACAGAACUUCUGGGAUCUUCUGGCUGAAUUCCUCAGAAACUCUAGUGGAAAUUAAUACAAAAGCUGUAAUGGAGCAUGUACCAUGCAGAUCCCCUCCAGACGUGACUAAGCAGAGAGUUGUGCCUCAAACAGAUGUGCGUUGGAUGUCAGAAAGUGGAAUAAUUGAUGUUUUCUUGCUAAUGGGGCCCUCCCCUUUUGAUCUCUUCAAGCAAUAUGCACAAUUAACAGGCACUCAAGCCUUGCCUCCAUUCUUCUCCUUGGGCUACCACCAGUGCCGCUGGAACUAUGAGGAUGAGCAGGAUGUAGAAGCAGUAGACGCUGGCUUUGAUGAACAUGACAUCCCGUAUGAUGUUAUAUGGCUGGACAUAGAGCACACAGAGGGCAAGAGAUACUUCACCUGGGACAAGAAAAAAUUCCACAACCCCAAAAGGAUGCAGGAACUGCUCAAGAGGAAAAAACGCAAGCUUGUCGUCAUUAUAGAUCCUCAUAUUAAGGUUGAUCCCACGUAUGCCAUAUAUUCUGAGGCCAAAAAAAAGGGGUAUUUUGUGAAGGACCGAAAAGGCCAUGACUUUGAGGGCAUCUGUUGGCCAGGUUCCUCUUCUUACCUGGAUUUUACCAGUCCUGAAGUCCGAGAAUGGUACGCAGAUCAGUUUGCCUUCAGGUCAUAUAAGGGUUCUACUGACAUCUUGUUUGUAUGGAAUGAUAUGAAUGAGCCUUCAGUCUUCAAAGGGGCAGAACUAACCAUGCAGAGAGAUGCUGUUCACCAUGGCAACUGGGAGCACCGGGAGGUUCACAAUCUCUAUGGUUUUUACCAGCAAAUGGCAACUGCAGAAGGACUCAUCAAACGCUCUGAGGGACAGAAGAGGCCAUUUGUCCUCACGCGCUCUUUCUUUGCUGGAUCACAGAAAUAUGGUGCCGUAUGGACAGGAGACAAUGUAGCAAAGUGGAGUUACUUAAAAAUCUCCAUUCCAAUGUUGCUUACAAUCAGCAUUGCAGGAAUUUCAUUCUGUGGAGCUGAUGUGGGCGGGUUUAUUGGGGAUCCAGACCCAGAGCUACUUGUUCGCUGGUAUCAGGCUGGUGCAUACCAGCCUUUCUUCAGAGGCCACGCCAAUAUCGACAGCAAACGACGUGAACCAUGGCUAUUUGGGGAUGAGAACACACGGCUCAUCAGGGAGGCCAUUAAAGAGCGAUACACCCUUCUGCCCUACUUGUAUUCACUGUUCUACCGGGCACACACUACCGCUGAACCAGUCAUGAGGCCUCUCUGGGUUGAGUUCCCCAAGGAACAAGAAACUUUUGGUGUGGAAGACGAAUACAUGCUAGGAAAUGCUUUACUGGUGCAUCCAGUCGCUGAACAAGAGAUCACUACCAUGAACAUUUUACUGCCAGGGUCUGAUGAGGUUUGGUAUGACUUCAGAAGAUUUAGACGACAGGACUGUCCAGGCACUCUGAAGAUACCAGUAACACUAGAGAGUAUUCCAGUGUUCCAGCGAGGAGGGAGUGUGGUGCCUCUUAAGACCAAAGUGGGAAGAUCCACUGAAUGGAUGACAGAUAUUUCUUACGAACUCCGUGUUGCUCUGGACUCCAAGGACUUUGCAGUAGGUGAGCUCUAUCUAGAUGAUGGGCAUUCAUUUCACUACCUCCAGAAGAAGCAAUUCCUGCACAGGAAAUUCACAUUCCACAAGAAAGUUUUCUCUUCCAGCUGUGCUGAUGAAAUUGGGCAAUACCACACAAAAUGUGUAGUUGAACGGAUACUAAUUCUAGGAGUUCAGAAGCAGCCCACAUCUGUGAAUGCCAAUCUCCAGGAUGGGAAAGACAAAGAAGUGGUUUUCACGUAUGAUAUCACGACCUCCAUGUUGACCCUGGAAAAGCUAUUAUUGAAUAUUGGUGAUGACUGGGAAAUUCACAUCAUGUGAGAAGAUAAACUGCAUCUUCAGAGAAGUUGAUGAAAAGUUGAAAGGAAAUGGUUUUGAAGGACUUAACUUGUUCUCUUGAAUAUGACUAGUUUGUAAAAUGUAAGCAGAGCUAUUGCAGCCACAGGCUGAUCUUUCUUAACGUUAUCUUUUAUAAAAGAUUUAUUUGAUUUAGAUUUUACACACUCUUCCCAG